AUGUCUAGCAGAUUGAAGAAGAUUCUUCCGAAGUUGAUAUCAGAAAAUCAAAAUGGCUUCACGGCAGGUAAAGAUAUUAUGGAUAGCAUAUUUCUGGUGUCAGAAGUCCUUCAUUCUAUGUUCAAGGAUAAAGUGAAAGGCAUGGCCAUUAAGUUAGAUGUUUCAAAAGAUUAUGAUAGGUUAUUCAUGGCUUCCAAGCUUGUGAGGUGGAUUGCUAUAUGCUUCUUUGUGGCUUCAAUACUCUGUGUUAAUGGCGAGACAUUGACCACGUCCACUCCGUAUGAUUCUGCUGGUCGUAAUUACGACCUUGGUGGCCUAUUUUGCGCUACAAUUGACUCUAAUCAGACAUUAGAGUUUCGCAGCGAAUACCUUUGGACUGCGUAUUAUGACCAAGCCGGCCAGCCCAUGGAACUUUCCCUCUGCGGCACAUGCAUCCAAGUGACAAAUGAUUCGACGGAUAAAAAUGUGAUCGUACGAAUUGUGGACCAGUGCCAAAAUGGAGGACUGGUUUUAGAAACUGAUGCUUUUAAUGCCAUUGAUAAGGAUGGGAAAGGAAAGCAUGACGGCCAUAUGCUUACUACCUACAAGUUCGUGGGCUGUUAG